UCCAUCGAUUAAAGAAAGAAAAACACUCUCUCUCCUCUCCUCAUCAAAGUUUCAAAACCCCAAAAUCUCUCUCUCUCAUCGAUACCCAUGAACGUGAGGAGAGCUUACUUUGUACCAGUUCUCUUCUAUUUUCUUUCUCUUCUUUUCAUGGCACUCCUCACUUUCGCACCAGACUCCUCCCAAUCCAAAAAACAACAACAACCCGCCUCCAAACGCAAGCGAAAGCAUCAGAUUCACAGCCAACAAUCCUCACCCUCAUCCUCAUGGGACCAAAUCAAGAACCUCCUCACCUGCAAACAGAUCGAAGGGUCCACAGUUCACGACCCAUCAUCAUCUUCAUCCAAAGGCUCUGGUGGGUCUGCGAAGCUGAGUUCUUCUUGCAGCUCCAUAUGUAGUUUCAGAGACGUGGUUCAUGGCAACACUAGCAGGGUGGUUCACAGGGCCGAUAACUCCCCGGAAGGUAGCACUGUCGGCAAGGACAACAACAGGCUGCUCACUCGCAAAGCCACCGCUGCUGCUGGUGUCACUGGGUCUGCGUCGAGUCGAUCAUUGUCGAGCUCCACUAGAUCCAAUGGCGGCAGCGGUGGUGGUGGUGCAACGUUCACUUGCUCUUCUAGAGGCAUGCAAUUGAGAAAGCUUUCUGGGUGUUAUGAAUGUCGCAUGAUUGUCGAUCCUAGCAGGUACCCAUCUCCAAGGUCUACAAUAUGUGCUUGCUCAGAGUGUGGAGAGGUCUUCCCAAAGAUUGAAAGCUUGGAGCUUCAUCAAGCAGUUAGGCAUGCUG